CCUUAAGCCAUCCCAAAGGGAUUCCCGAAUCUUACUUGCACCCACUCCCCACAGGUGGGAUGCAGCACUCAGAAGGAAAGAUAUUCCCAAACUGAUAAUGGAAAGCACCGGGAGAGUGCUGACAGAAGAGCAACGAGGGAACGUUUGUAAGGGCGUUCCUGAAGCAAGAAGAGGGGAAUGCCAAACCCAGCUUAUACGUAACGCAUUAGUGAAAAAUCUACAGUUUAAUACCAAAGAAACAGAGGAAGUACACAAACAGUUAGAGUUGGUUUAAUCAGAGAAAAAGGAAGGCCUGUGCAUUAAUGUCAAACGUAGAGCAUACACGGUGGACGGGAAUGAAGGAUGCAACACAGUAAAUCAGAAACAGGAAAAGGAGGUAAUAUCUGAAACAUGGGCGGGUGCUGUGGGGGCGCACAGCCCACGGUGAUGUCCCCAGGCAAUGGGCUGUGACAUCACCGGGUGACGGAUUGUGACUGCUUAGCCCUCGCUGCUCAUAGUGGGGUGCCAGCAGAGCCUGGCUCAGUCUGGCUCGUUCCUGGACCGUGCUGAGCAGCUGUGCGAGGCUUGGAGGUCGAGCAAGGUUUUGGCUGUGCUGUGCUGGGUCGUGCCUGGGGCUGCUCGCAGUAUCUCAGUGCCUGACCCCGCAGCAUCGCUUCUGUUUCCCUGGCCCUGUCCAGAGCAGGCAGCCAGGGCUCUACUGAGCGCACCCGCAGCAGCGGAGUGCAACACCACCGCUGCAGCUCUGGUGAAGGAGAACGACUCGUCAUCCUCCGUUCUCCCAGCCCCUGCAGCGAGAAGACCAUGGCCGCAGAAGAGGCAUGGACAUGCUCCAUCUGCCGCGACGUGCGACAGGACGUCGCCUACGCGAUUCCAUGCAACCACAUGUUCUGCCUCGGCUGCAUCCAGCGCUGGGCGAGGCUGAGGGACAGCUGCCCGCUGUGCAGGAUGGCCAUGCAGACCAUCCGGGUCUCUGUGCGGGGAGACGACGAGUACGUGGAGUGCAUCGUCUCCCCGCCCGCGGUGCCAGUGCCCGCCGGCUUCAGCGCCACCGCCGGCCCCAGCGGCUCUGCGGCGUCUGGUCCACCCUCCGCGCCGCCAUCUCCUGGGCCCGUGGCCGCGGAGGGGGAGAGAGUGGGCGGCCUCCUGCCAGAGGUCUGGGCAGCACUGUUCAGGGAGAGACGUGACAUCCUCGACCCGGUGCUGCCCUGGCUGGAGCAGGAAUUCCGCCGCAACGGGGAGCAGCGCUGGUGGAAGAUCAGCUGGCUGAAAAGCAUGAUCCUGGCAUUCCUGUGCCAGGUGGGGCCGGACAGGGACACCCUGGUGCAGUGCGCAGAGCACGCCCUGGGACCCAUCACCGCACCGCUCAUCGACGCUCUCGUCACAACCAUCGAGAGCCGGUGCGGCCAGGGGGCCCGGAGGCUGCUGGGCCUCGAAGACCUCAGCGCUGCCCAGGAGCACGAGGGAGGGCCCGAAGACGCCAGCGCUGCACAGGAGCAGGAGGGCGGCCCCGCGGCCCCAUCCAGUCCCGCCGCCUCCCCGCAGGGGACCGUCGCCCCCAGCGCCGCGCCCUCCUGCAGCUCUACGGGUGCCGAUGCGGAGGAGCUCCCCGGCACGUCCAGCGGGGCCCGAGGCAGAGGUCUUGGCCAGCCAGGUCCCGAGGCAGCCGGUCCCUCUGAGCAGGGCCACAGCCGCGGCUCCUCCGCUCGCGGCCGGGGCCCGAAGCGCUCGGCUGGGGGGCCCCGGCGCCCCACAAAGAGGAGGGCCGGCAGUGCCCAGCGCGCUCCUCCGCCCUGCAAGAGGCGGCCCCCCCGGCGCCUCUAG